AUUGCCGCUAAAUUUGUCCGGUACGUUACGUAGCAUGCUUAAGGCCAGCAUCACCGUAGUCUUGUCUCAAUUAUUAGAUGAGCAUUGUAUACCACUUUUCCGUUCUUAAAUCAUAGUAAUUUGACUCUAGCCAAGGGCCUUACAAUGAAAAAAAGUUGGUGGUUCCUCACUUAAAUAAAAUUGCAGGUCAGUUGUAUAUAUGGAUCUUGCGGAUGUGAUUCCAACUGCACAGAACAUUUGUUUGGAACUUGUUGUUUUUAUUUUUGGUCCUCAAAAGCACAAAUUGAUUUUGUUUCUACACGUUACUGACAUACAGAAUUAUAAUUGCUACUAAAGUCAGUUCUGACCUAAAUAUAUUUACAGCAAACCUAUCUAUAUAUAUAUAGCCUGGCCAGAAUAAGAAAUUUUGUCAACUUUAAUCCAGCAAAAUUUAUGUACUUGACAUCAAAUAAUCACUGUCGAAUAUUUAAGAAAGUAGUUUUCUCCGUCUUUGAACUUGACCUGGUGUAAGUAAUUUUGUUGAAAACUUCACCAAGGUCAGUUAGCUCCUUAUGUACAGAUUUAUAUAUUUACCAUUUUAAUAUUAAUUUUGCACGACAAGCAAAUGUAAUGAAAACAACUCAUGGAAAAUCUACUGCCCGAAUAUCUAUUGACGUUCUGAGUAAAACUGUUUUAGAAACCGACCACUUGAUGAACUCCUAACGAAACCUAUAAAUUUUGAUACCGGUAAACUUUUGGAGGCAAAACUUCCUGAAAUGUAGUUAUUCGCCAAAAGCUCUUGGUGAUCCAUCAAGGCGCGUAUUUCUUUCGCCACUUAAAGAUAAUAUUUGGUGGUUCUAUAAGUUUCUGUCCAUAAUGAUCUAUUUCAAUUUCUUACGUUUCGUGUUAUUAGAGGCAAAUAGGCUUCCAAUUGUUGUAAUUUACCAGUGCAUAUGCACUGUGAGAAGUAUCAAAAAUAGUGUGAUACUUGGGAGAAGUAGGGUAGAAAUAAAAAAAACACUUACGUAAAGUGCAUUCUCAAAACUCAUAUCUAGGAGAGGGUGCUUUGUUUAUUUCAGAUAUGCUGAUUCCCGUGAUAAUCUUUCUUUUGUGCGGACUGUGAUAAGUGUUACUGAUACCUAAGUAUAUAAAAUUGGAACAUUCAAAAAGCCUAUCUCAUAUUGUUAGGGUUAUUCGCAUUUGUUAUAUAGAUUCAAGGACUAAUGUAUAACUAAAAUUACUGCAACCUAGUUUGACGGUUUAAAAUUUUGCCUCUGCUGCUAAUUUGAAGCUCAACAGAGUAGCAAGUUUUGGGUUACUAAAUAUAAAAGUUUUAGUUCAGUGAUGUAGUAUUUCAAGUUAGAUUAACUGAGUCAGGGUUUUAUUUAUUUAUUUUAACACAUAGAUAAUGGUACAAGGAAGCACCAAAUACAUAUGCGCCACACAAAUUUCAUUCGAUAUUUGUGAGGGCUGUGAUACUGCCCGGGUGCCCAAACCGAAGCAGGUGGUUUUCUUAGGGGGACACGCCCCGAGCCUUCGACCUGAAGGUCUGAUCUACAAGGCAGUGGAGCAUCGUAAGGAGAUGCAGUUUCAUGAAAGCCGGUGACCGACGAUUGGUUCAUACGCCAUUUGUUCGCGCAGGAUAAUGGAGCCCAUGUGCACCAUUGGUUUGGAAUCCGGUUAAAGUGUCGGACAUUCGCUUUUCGUCCUCUCAUUUUCGUAGACAACACCCCCGCCACGAGAAGGCAGUAAGUAGGACUUUCCUGACGAAGGCUAUAUACGCGUGGCCAUGUGAGAGCAUUUCGAGAGGGAGAGCGUACUCUGCCCACUCUCGGCUGUACCAGGGCAUUUGGGGGUGAGUCAGAGUUUAAGAAAUGAUGUAAACUGUGGCGAGAAAAAAAUAGUUAAAGUGAAAUGAAUGUGACCAGAUAAUUAAAAAUACUAUAAAGAAAAUGUUAUCUCACGGUUCUAAUCACUUCUCACUGUCACAUACUCCUAUAUUCGUUGUUCUUGAUUAUAAAUGUUUCCCAUGAUGCUUCACAUAGCAUAAAAUAUCCUUAAUUCUUUUCUGAGAAGUAACUGUACUAGAUUUGAUUUUAUGACUGUAUCAGUUCUUGUUGAUUGUCACAUCAUCUCAGUUUUGUAGUAUGUGUUGAGUUUACUCUUCAUUUUCUCUUCAGAUAUUCGUCUUAAACAAGUACAUUCCGACCAUUUCAAUACCUAAUUAUCCUUCGCAGUCAGCUUGAUAAUACCCAAAUUAUCUAGGAAACAAGCUAAAACUUCGUUUCAAGUUGUGACAUACAUUUUUGAACCACCUGGCAAUCAAAGGAUCUGUCUAUAAUGACCAAAAGUAUUCGAAGUAAAUCAAAAAGACGAUUUCGUGCGAUUAGACGUAGACGGAGCUUUAAAAAAAUCAAGGAUCAGUUAAUAAAAUCUACCAAGAAAAGUGAAGAAACCCCAAUCUCUUCCGAACAGUUGGUUGAUUCGACUCCAAAUCACAUGGAUAUUGUUCCCAAAAGCUUGCCAAAAAUCCUGUGUAAUGAACAUGGAACCUACCCAGUGUGGCUAAGUAAAAAAGAACGCAAAAGACAAAUAAAAAUGAAAAGACAACAGAAAAAACGUCAGUGUCAACUAAUCAAUUCUCCACGGCUCUUUAUGCGCACACAAUCCUUGAGUGUUAUUAUUUACAUUAUACGAUCCAGUAUUGUAAUCUUAUAAAAUCAUCAUGUCUGUUCAUUGAAUGAAUACUUAAAAUAUCAUAUAAAUGUAUGAUUGUAUAUCUUGAUGAUAAACUCUCUGAAAACGGAUCCGUUUCUGGAAGUUCGUAUUUUUUAUGUUUAAAUGGGACUUAUGUGUAUAUGGAUUCACUUAUCUUCCCCUUAAAAUUUGAGCUUAAAUAACUAUUUAUUCCUCUUAUUUAUCCUUUUUUGGAAAAUAUUCUCGAUGGGCUGUUGUAUGUUGAAUUUGUUUACUGCGCAUUUGUGCCAGGCUGUGUGGACUACAACUGAUUGUAGUUUUUGAAGGAUGUUUGGAACUUUUGCACAGAGGAUAGAUUUAUGUUUAGUCGACAAAAAAAUACGAAACGAGCUAGUCGGGUUUACAAAUUCAAUUAUAGCAACAGCCCUACAACCAAUUUCGAUUAUGUUUAGUUUUUGUUAAGCCCUUUUAUUAACUUACUUAACAGACAAUGUUAUUACAGCAGUAGCGAUCCGCAUAUUUCUUUGUACCGUUAUGAUCACUAGAUCAUAUGACACUCUAGCUAAAAUGUUAAUAUCAUAAAUGUUGCUCGAUGAUUCAUCUUCCUCUCCAUGUAUAUAUGUACUCAAAUCUUAUUAUUAACUUUUGCUGCGCCCUUGUGCGAGUUGACUACAAAUUUGCCUGUGUUUGCUCAUAUAUAUUUAAUCGCCUCUCUGCUUCAAAUUCGCUUGAUGUGUUUAGAACUUUGUGAUUUGCAAUAUUCGCUAAUAAACUGUAGUUGCCGAUA